CGGAGAUAAGGCCCAGUGAGUGAAAGCUGCUCCACCGUUUGAAGCGUGGAUCCUCGGAGCUGCUCAGCUCACAGCGUCUGCAGACCAACAGAAUCUGUAAAACCUGCAUCUCUGUAACUGUCAGACCAAAGACAGACUCUGCAGAAGAAAACAUCUGAAAACACAACCAGUUUGCAUCCACUGUUCUAAAAAUGUCCUCCCAUCCACAACGAAGAAAAAGCAUGGACUAUCCAUCUGAUUUCUCUUUAUCACAGAGCAGCACAGAGACUGAAGAGAACCCAGGUACCUCUGAAGGAGGUCACACCAUGACUGCAAAAAUCUCAUCCAGAUUCAAUGAGAUCAUCUCCAACAGUAUUCUGAACCAUUCAGGACCUCCUGCUGUCUACCAGCUGAGACCAAAGAAAGAGAAGAUUGGAACUCUGACCAGAGUGACUGUUGGUGAAAGAAAUCCAAACAAAAUAAAUAAAACCAUCUUACUUUUGGGUGAAACAGGAGCAGGAAAAUCUACUCUGGUCAACGCUCUGCUGAACUACAGCAUAGGAGUGAAGUUUGAAGAUGAAAUCUGGUUUCAGAUCGUAGAGGAGGAGAAGGAUGAGGAGGAGCUGGAUAAGGAGGAGGAGGAGAAUCUGGCAGACAGUCAGACAUCAGAUGUGAUCGUUUACGAGAUCUUUGGUUUUGAAGAUCAAACUCUGCCCUACUCUCUAACCAUCAUCGAUACUCCUGGAUAUGGAGACACCAGAGAGAUCAAACAGGAUGACAUCAUCACUCACAGAUUAUUGGACUUGUUUGGAGCAGAUGAUGGAGUUUGUGAAGUUACUGCAGUGUGUCUGAUAAUGAAGGCAGCAGAUAAUCGACUGACUGACCGACUGAAGUAUGUCUUUGAUGCAAUAAUGUCUCUAUUUGGAAAAGAUGUGGAGAAAAACACUGUAGCUCUCUUCACAUACUCAGAUGGAGGAAAUCCAAAAAAUGCUCUCAAAGCUCUUCGAGCUGGAAGAUUUAAAUGUGCCAAAAAUAAGAAGGACCCUAUUUACUUCCAGUUUAAUAACAAAGAGAUCACAGAAAGAACAGAGGAACGCAAGUCUACUUUUGAGGCAGCAUGGAGAGUAACAGAGGAGGGAAUGGUAGGUUUCGGAGCCUUUCUGGAAAGAUCUAAACCUCAAAGCCUGAUGAAAACUCUGAAAGUGUUAAAUGAACGAGUCAGACUGAAAGCCUGUAUCCAGAACCUGACAGAGAGAAUCGAACUGUCUGAAGAGAAACAGAGAGAAUUCGAACAGACUGAAGAAGCUCUGAAGAAAUAUGACGGAAAGAUGCAGAAGAACAAGAACUUCACUGUAGAAGUUGAUGAGGUCUACAAAGCAAAAGAAGAAAUUGAUAGUGGGAGGCGAUUUUUAAUUUUUUAUAAAGCAGCUACCUGCUGUACAGUCUGUCAGGAGAACUGUCACUAUCCUGGAUGCACAAAGGCCUGGAACCCUGAAAGCUGUGAGGUCAUGAAAGAUGGUCACUGCACUGUUUGUACUGGGAAGUGUCCUGUAUCAGCUCACGUGAAAGAAGAAUGGAGAUAUGUGAUCAAGACAAGGAGAGUUCAGAAUACUCUGGAAGAAAUUAAGGAGAAAUUUGAGAAGAAUAAAUCAGAAAGUGAGAAGAAGUCGAGUCUUUUGGAAAAUAUCAAAAAAGAAAUGAACCAGUUGAGAGCAGAGAAGAAACAGUUCCUGGAUGAGUGCUACCACCAUGUCCUCAGACUGGAGCAGAUCGCCCUGAAAGCUGAUUCAGCGUCCACUGUCUUCUACCUGGACUUCCUGAUUGAGAAGAUGAAGGAGGAACGAGACACAGAGAAGGUCCAGAAGCUGGAGGAGAUGAGAAGCUUAGUGUCUGAAGGAACCUUAGCAGCUGUGAAAUACAAGUUUGGUAAAAUGUUUAAGAAGUGAUGGAAGAAUGAGACUGAGAGCAGAGCGAUAUUAGUAACUCUGACAGGUGGGAUUAAAAUCAAAAUGUGAUCAAAAUAUGAGUGUUUCCUGUGCUGCUGUUGGACUUCCUGUCAGUGAUGAACGCUCCUCCUUCCUCAUAUCUCAAUCUGAACCUCCUCCCCUCCAAUUUCAGUCCCUCACACCAGAAAUGUGAUGAUGUUCUUCAUCAUCAGGUGUUUAAAUCAAUAAGACAGGGUCAGCUGUACCUGAAGUAUUACAUCUGGCAGAGCUGCAGAUCUGUGCACAAAGCGUCAUUGAGUUGCUGCUGCUGAACUUCUAUAAAGAAAAUAUAUUUCCAUUUUCCUCUUUGUGUUGAUGUAAAUAUAUAUUUACAUAUUUGAAGUGCUUUAAAUGUGUCAAUGAUGUGAAAACUUUGUCUUUGCUCAGCUUCAUGUUCCUUUAUCCAACUAUCAAAAGCUGAAGAAGCACAACACACACCAGAAACAGAUGACAUGCCUUCAAAAUAAAAGUUGACCAAAGUAUAAAGAACAGAUUUCAGAUAGUUGUGUAUUUUUAAACUGGGUAAAAAUGAAACCACAAUGAACUAAAAUGUAUCCAGGUUCAGUUGUGCCACAUUGUACAUAACAUGCUUUAUAAUGAUGUUUCAUUACCUUAUAAAUAAAAUAAUUAUAUUCAAAUUUCUGCAUGAUUUAGGGCACUUUUUGGAAAAAACUUCAGAUUAAUUUGAU